AUGGCCGAUCCCAGAGAGCAGCUACCGGAGGAGGUGCUGGCGCUCAUCUUCCGCCACCUGCCCCUGAAGGACCGUGCCGCUGCAGCCAGGGUCUGCAGGGCCUGGGCCGCCGCUGCCACCUGCAGCUCCGUGUGGCACGACACAAGCAUCAGUUGCGACUGUGAGCGGGAAGGCAUGCUGGCACCCUAUCUGUCCUCCUGCCUGGACCACGUUCACAACCUACGGCUGGAAUUUGAGCCAUCUAGGGAGCCGAGCCGCCGGGCGGCCACCGAGCUGCUGAUGGCGCUGGCGGGCUGUGCCCCGGGGCUGCGAGGCCUGCGCCUGGAGUGCCGCGGAGAGAAGCCGCUCUUCGACGCGGGCCGCGACGUCCUGGACGCUGUGCACGCUGUCUGCGGGGCCGCCCGCAAGCUGCGCCACCUCGACCUGCGGCGCUUGCCCUUCACGCUGGACGACUCGCUGGUACUGCAGGUGGCACGUGGCUGCCCCGAGCUCCACAGCCUCUUCCUGGACAAUCGUACACUGGUGGGCAGCGUGGGGCCCGACUCCGUGCUGCAACUACUGGAGGCCUGCCCGCGCCUGAGAGCUCUAGGCCUGCACCUGGCCAGUUUGUCGUGCGCCGCCCUCGAGGCACUGACCGUGCCAGACCGUGCGCCUUUCGCGCUCUUGGCCCUGAGAUGCGCGUGCCCCGACGAUGCACGCGCGUCCCCCCUACCCGACGAAGCCUGGGCCGCGUUGCGCCGCCGCCACCCAGGGCUGGCAGUGGAGCUGGAGCUGGAGCCCGCGCUGCCUGCCGAGAGCGUAACUCGCGUCCUGCAGCCAGCAGUGCCUGUGGCUGUGCUGCGCCUUAACCUCUCUGGCGACACCGUAGGCCCGCUGUGCUUCGCCGCGCGCCACUACGCCUCCUCUCUGCACGAGCUGGAGGUGCGCGCCGCCGCCUCCGCCGAGCUGGACGCCGCGCUGGAGGAGCUGGCGGCGCGCUGCGCCGGCCUGCGCGAAGUGCACUGCUUCUGCGUGGUGCGACCCUCCGUGCUGGAAGCCUUCCGCGCGCACUGCCCGCGCCUGCGCAGCUAUACGCUCAAGCUAACGCGCGAGCCGCACCCCUGGCGGCCCACACUAGUGGCGUGAUUGGGCAACCCCUCCCCCAGCAGACUUGAGGCCGCUGAGACGCGGGAUGGGUUGUCAAGGCACAUCCCAACGGCUAGCCCCUUCCUUCGGGAUUCUGUUUCCUCCUGUGCCUCUCCGGGAUUGGGGCCUGUGGGAUGGCUACAGGACGAGUCCCGGGCGCAUUGAGGCCACUCGGUACUCUCAGCCUCCGCAGAUGCCGGCUCUGUCUCGGCCAUACGGGGCUCACCCUCUCCCCUCCUACCCCCUGUGGACUGUGGACCAGCUCGGGAGCUCCAGCGUAGGUGGGGAAGGGUACAGGCGCGGGCAGGGCUUCGGGUGAGUGUGAAAUAAAUAAAUCCUGCAGUGUC